AAGUGAAAGAGAAGUACGAAAAGGCGAAGAAAUAUUUAAGCUCUCAGAUAAAAAACGAGAAAGUGGAAAAAGAAUUAUUAGAAAAAACCGAUCAAAUUGUAGUUGAACAUGCAACGAAAAAAGUAGUUAAAGAAAAAGCCAAUAAAGUAGUUAUUGAAAAGGUGCAAGGAUCCGUAACUGUAGAAGAGGUCGAUAAAGUUACAAAAACUCAAAAUCAAGAUGGCUCGUUUGAGAUAUCCAAACAAAUCACCGACAAUAUUGGUGUAAAGACUACCGAAAACAUCCAUUCUUUAGUUCGUAUCAAGGAUGAACGCGUCAAAAAAUUGGAUGCCAAAACCUGGAACACGUUCAUAACUUUGGCUUACUGCAACAAAGUAUUAGGUAAACACGAAUCGAAAUGGAUAGUCCAAAACGAAAAGGCCCGUAAAUGGAUACAUGAACAAGUCAAGGACGAAAAAUUAGAAAAAGAAAUCCUGGAAUCAUGCGAAAAGGUCGUGGUCGAAAAGGUUUCCGAAACGAAAAAAGAGCAACCUUCCUUGUUUGGAUGGGUUGGGCAAAUUUUUGAUGACAAAGACACCAAGGUUCAAGUCAAACCUGAUACAAAAGGCAAAGGAAAGGAAGUUUUGCCAGAAGAAAAGAAACCCGAAACUGGAUUUUUAAGUAGUAUCAAAUCUUCCGUUAUUGAACUUGGAAAAAAUGUUGAAGAUGCUCUCAGCUUGGACAAAGAUGACGACGAUGAUCAUCAUGAAAAAGCCGAUGCACUCGAGUCGGUUAAAUCAACAACAACAAAAGAUGUUGUCAAGACUGUAGUAUCGAAACAAAAAGUUGACGGUUCUAUCGAAGUCAGCGAGACAAUUUGUAAUCAAUUAGGUGCACCUUCGGAAGAAAAUGUAGUGAAAACUGUUCAGCAAUACGUUACAACUGAAAAUCUCAAAGAUGCGAAACCUUCCUGGAUCACAACAAGCGUAAACAUCGCAUACCUCAAAAAUUUAGCGGAUAAACAUGAAGGCGAAUGGAAGGAGAAAUAUGAUAAAGCCCGCCAGUAUUUAUCUAAGGAAAUUAAUAACCCUCAAGUCGAAGAAGAGUUAAUAAACGCUUCCGACAAAUAUGUUGUGGAUCAAUCAACUAAAAAGGUUAUUAAAGAUAAAAAGAAAGCUGCUGUCCUCUCCAUUCGAUCAAAAACCUCCGAAGAAACUGUUAAUACGGCUUUAUCAACUCAGAAAGAUGACGGAUCCUUCGAAAUUCACGAAACCAUCACCAAAGAACUUGAUAAUGUUUCCCCCAACGAUUUAAUCAAGAAAGCUCAAUCCUAUGUCAAAAGUGAUAAAAUCAAACCCGAAAAAUCAGAAUCCAUCUUCAAAACAGCAAUUACUCUCGGAUUCUUGACCACGGCCAUGGAUAAUCCAACAAAAGAAUUGUCAGAUAAAUAUCAAAAGGCCAGGGCGUAUCUUAGUUCUCAAAUUGAUGAUGAAAAAUUAGUGGAAGAAAUUAUUAAAUCAUCAAGCAAAGUAGUAAUUGACAAAAGCUCAGAAAAAGUGCAAAAAGAAUCAAAGAAUGCAGCUUUGGAAGAAGUAAAGAAAUCUACUACCCUUGAAGCCACUCAAGCUAUUGUCUCAACACAAAAAGAUGAUGGUUCCUUUGAAGUUAAUGAGAAAAUUGCCGACAAUCUUUCUACAUCAUCUGGUUCCCUUGUGACAUCCGUAACAACGUACACAAAGAAUGAAAAUCUCAAAAAACUUAGCCCCUCAAUUUGGUCUACCGCUCUAUCAAUGCAAUAUUUGAAAAAUACGACUAGCCAAGAUAAAGGUGAUUGGGCAGAGAAAUACAACAAGGCCAGGGAAUAUCUUCGAAUUCAGAUCAAUGACGAAAGUUUAGAGAAAGAGCUUUUGGAAACUUCGGACAAAUAUGUUUUAGAUAGUGUUACACGUAAAUUAGUUAAACAGAAAGAAGAAGAAACUCUUAGAGUCAGGAAACUUGUAUUUGACGAAGAAACGAAAAAAGCAUCUUAUUCAUAUUUAAUUGAAACAUUCAAUGUUGAUGAUGUUCGUUCGUUAUGCUCAUCUCAAGGAAAAGAUGGAUCAAUCACAUUCCACAAAUUAAUCACUGAACGACUUAAAAUCAAAGAUACCGACGAUUCAAUUACGAGUAUCAAGAACUUUGUUAGUAAUCAACGUCUAAGAGCGUGCAAGGAUUCCGUCUUUGAAACCGCACUCACGAUCUAUAUCUUAAGGUAUGUUCUAAUUGAAUACAAAAAUGAAUGGAGUACCGUCGGUGAACGUGCUGAUAAAUGGUUGAAAGAACAACUUGGUGGCGAUAAAAAAUUAGAAGCGGAACUAUUAUCUGCAUGUGAACAAUACUUGAUCGAAGAAACCAUCACACACUUGAAAAGUGUAGUCGUCUUACAAGAUGUAGAAACCGUUCAAAAGAUUACUCUUGAAGUCUCUGAUGAAACUCGUCAAACGGUCUUCAAAUAUCUCCAAUCACGUGCCAUAAUUGAUGAUGCUCACGUGCUCACCAAAUCUCAACACAGCGAUGGUUCUUUCGUUUUACAUCAAUCAAUUCUCGAGCAUCUUCAAAUUCCAUCAAUCGACGAAUCCAUUAAAUGCCUUGUUCGUUAUGUUGGUCAAAAAAGCCUAAAGGAAUGUGAUAAAACAAUUUGGCAAACCGCAUUUGUUAUCACGUAUCUCAGAAUCGUGUUGGUUGAAUACGAGAAGGAAUGGAGCCCCGCUUGUGAAAGAGCGAAGAAAUGUGUUAGUAAAAAACUCGGCAACAGUAAAUUGGAGGAAGAAUUAUACAAAGCUUGCGAUCAAUACCUGAUUGAAAAGGCUGUAGAGUUAUAUAAUAGUCCAAGCUUAGAGGUUAGCGUUAUUAGGCUCGAAGUAGAUGAAGAAACAAGAACUACCGUUUAUAAUGGACUUAGAUCUCAUGCUAAAGUUGAGGAUGCUCGUGCUCUAUGCAAAUCUCAAACAAAGAACCAUUCUUUCAUCCUUCACAAAAUAAUUUCUGAUCAACUCGAGAUAAAAUCAACCGAUGAUGCCGUCGAUUCUCUUAAAUCAUAUGUUGGAAGUUUACGUUUGAGACGUCUCGAUAAUAGCAUUUGGAUCUCUGCAUUUGUUGUUACCUAUUUCAAGUUAGUUUUGGUUGAACACGAAUCCGAAUGGAGCGCAGUUUGCGAUCGAACCAAAUCCUGGAUCAGCCAACAAGUCCAUAAUGCGGAAUUAGAAACUGAAUUAUACUCCGCUUGUGAACAAUAUUUGAUCAAACAAGGCUGCCAAUUUCUCAAUAACCAAACCACUAUCACCUCAGAAGUAACAAAGAGAACGUCUCACUCCGUUGCAAUUGGAUCCGAUGGUGGUGUUCUAACGUCAAAAAACGCUUAUCUUAACUCCGAAUUGAUUGUAGUUGGAGCAGCUGCUCGUGCAAAAUGCAAAGUUAAGCUUGAAAGUGCUCAUAAUAAGACCUUAGAAGAUGUCUCUAAAGCAACCGAUUUGGCUGUCAAGUACGCCGAAGACGAAGUGAAUAGACUAUUUGGUGUCAACGUUACUCAUAGCAAUAAAGACGACGUCUUACUCCGCGCUAGAAGAGCCACUAAAUUUUUGAUGGAUGAAUACUACAAACCGGGCGAAGAUUGUUGUUAA